CUUCGACUUGAGCAGGAAAAACUGGAAAGAAUAGGCCCGAUGGCAUACUAUUCAGAAUGGGUGAAAGCAUGGCAGAGAGACACUUCACGCGAAGCUGUAGAGAGCAUUUUCAGGAGACUGGCCAAGAUGAAACCAUGCAACUAAUGGAAAUGUUCAGCUAUCAAACUGAUAGAGAAUAUCGUAUAAUGAUGGGUACUGAUAUUCGCAUCAAGAGGGAUCCUUUAGCAAUGCGGCUCAAAGAAGAUCAAAUAAAGCAAAUUUGGGGUGGAGAUCCAGUUUACCCAACAAUCAACUACAAGCAGGAUCCAAAUGAAAUCAUUGAUUACAGGGGUCCAGAUUUUCAUGAACCAACACCCAAUAUGGUGGCAUACCUAAAAGAGCAUGGCAAGCUCAUAUCCAGACACGAACUUGAACAAACUUUAGCAAAAGAAAGACGGAACAAGUUGAAUUGACGGACAUGGAUGACGCCAUGGCACGAGCGGUAGACAUUGGUGAAAAUGAUGUGAGUUUCAACUUUUCUCUUCAUUCCUACGAACAGCAUUAUGCAUUGCGCAACGUGGAAACUAUCAGCCUCAUUUUAUUACUAACACUAGAAAGCCGGUCACAUUUGUGAAGGAGGAGGAAGAGACCAGUGAUGUUGAAGAGGAAGACGAAGACAGCAAACUUCCCGCAAUUGGAGCGUUCUGAAAACCGCUCCUGAACUUCGCAAAUCAAAGGUAGGUUGUCGAGCGAAUCUUUUCUCCCGAACUACCUACUGAAGUAGGAGGAGAACUCAAGCCAAUCAUUCAUUGUUGACUGGAAGAAGAACCCAAAGAACCCAUUUUUCUUAUGCUUUCCUUUUCACUAAAACAUGCUGCUGGUUUUCCUUGCCUUUGCGGGGUUUCUCAUUCCUGCUCUCUUUUUGGUGGGACUUGCAGCCCAAGGCCAAGAAGGAGGGUGCCAUGAAUCUGGAUGAAGCCAUAGAUGAUUCUGAGAACUUGACCGACUUUCUAAUGGACUUCGAAGAAGAGUGACUGUGUGUGUGUGUAAAUUGAUUCAGCAGUUUGUAGGCAGAGAGCAGCUUUGGUUUUGUAGUGAUGAUUAUGAAGAAGUAGAGAGACCAGUCCAGGCGCUGUGAGGACUCAAGUUUGCUGGGCCACCAUGGAAGCUUGCAUAGGUCCAGUAGCAGAAGAAAGCCCUGGUCUUGAAUAGGGCCCAAA